AUGAAUCCUACAUUUUAUGGGUACAUUAACUCUACAACCGAUGCUCUUAUUUUAAUCCAAAAUGUUCUUGAUAACCAAUUUCUGCUUGUCCGUGGUAGAUUACAGGGUAAGGAAAGAGCGUGUUUAAUCAGAUCGGGUAAUGUGUUUGUCUUUAUCGAAGAACAAAGUGGCAUCAAAAGAUGGACAGACGGUAUUUCCUGGUCGCCCUCUAGAAUAAAUGGUCAAUUUUUAGUGUAUAAGGAAAGAAAUAAGCCUAGACUGAAGAGCUUCCUUUCUAAGGAGCUGUCUAGCUCUCCUAUUAGUGCUGAUGAGAGUUCUAUUACUUCUAGGACCCCCAACACUGACUCUAUUUCUAGUUCUAGAUCAAGUAUCUCCGAUCCCUCGGGGACCAAGUUUGCUUCUAAUGAGAAUGGUGGUGUCGGCGGCAAUGGUAAGCUUGUCAAGAAGACUCUCUCACUCAACUACAACAACCAAACGUUUCACAUGAUCUCAUAUUACAAUCCUGAAGACAUUUCCACUCUACCAACGCCGACUUCGACGUUGAACAACUAUAUAAAUCCUGCCUUAUGGAUCGCGUUGAAGAAAACCCUGUCAUUAGGGAACAAGAUUACCCUCUUUGAUGAAUCGUAUUACAUUGGUGCUUCUUCUAAAGACACGAAGGGUAAUUCACAACAGUCUCAAAUACUUAACCUGGUUGCAUUGAACGGGUUGUCGCAAUCCAAUGAUUACCUUCAACAACAACAACAACGACAACACCCUAAUUACUAUCCAGGUAACUCUGUCUACACCCCUGUUGACCCCCAUCAACUUCCACCAUUACAUACAUCGCAUCUGGAUUAUACCGUCAACAACUUACAUCAACAACAGCAACAGCAUCCACCUCGCUCUAACGAAGGUUUAAACUAUCACCGUUCUACUAGUUACCCUGCACCAAACCCUACACCCUUUUACGCAAACGGCAACACUACUGCUCCUCUUUUCAACAACUACGAUAAUAACUACAAGCAGUAUUCUACUACACCAUUUCAGCAACCUCAGGGGACCUAUCAGCUGAAUUACUCUCCUUUCACAACUCAUACACAACAGCCACAGCAAAUGAAGCAGACAUUCACUCCAUUGCUUUCAAAUGUCCCAGCACAAUAUGACAAUAACAAUAGUAGUAAUAGCAUCAAUGCGAUUACUCAUGGAGACUACAACCAAAGUAGUACACUUAACAACUCUUAUGGGUCCUAUUCUUACCAAGUGAGACCUACUCCUAACACUGCAAGCAGUUGCUAUCAGGAACCACUACAGCCACCACAUACAGAAAUGAACCCUCCUAACAACGGCAACCCAUCAGUGGUUGUUCCAGUACCCAUGUGGUACGUGGAACAACAACUGGCACCAUUAAGCCAGAAUAUAGGUGAUCAGAUGUUGGAGCCCAUUCAAUAA